CCGUGCUGUUUGAAAACAAAAUGAGUGAUGGUUGCAGUAGGUUAGAAUGGAUGAAUAGAACGUUUAUCCAUUACUUUUGUGCGCGGUUCUAAUUUAUGUUACCGAUUUUUUGGAGGAAGUUAGUGAGUGCUUUGUAUAACACCGAAACAGAUGUCCGUCAUAAUUUGCAGUUUUAUGUUAACCGAAACUAGUAUCUGAGUUUCGAAAUCCUAACCUUGAAUCUGCCUGUCAUCAGUUGGUGCUUUUAUCAGACACAGUAUAUUUUGAAUGAUACAUUCAGUUUAACAUUUAAUUUUCCCAGUGUAGUUUGAAAGACAUAUACGUGCUUUUUGGGCUUGAAAUUAUUGAGCCAUGAAUUUGAUAGAUAAUGAAGGAGGCAUAUUCGUGUCUUAUAUAUAUAAUAAGGAGAUACUCUUGUAAAAGUCAGUAAAUUAUUCGAUGGAUACGUCUUAUCUAGUUGCAGAAGAAGUAGGGAUUCAUCCAAAGUAUAUUAAAUCUACAUCCACAAAGGAUAGAGUUGUGAUAGUUGUCCACAAGACCUGGAUAAAGUCAUUGUUGAAGACUCAUCAGAUUCCUGAAUUUAUUUAUCAUGAAUCACUUAAUGCAGAUGAGGUGGAAUUAUGUCUGCAUCAGGGUGAAGAAUUGGGUUCAUCAUGGCAGAAGCUAUUUGUCAGAGUAUUAUUAAAGAAGCAUAGGAAAGUUAUCCCAUUACCCCGACCCAGAGUUGUUUCAUCAAAAACAGAGUCUGACCUUUCUUUUGCUCAGCUACUACAUUAUGUAUCACAAACCAAUCACAAGAAUCUUUGGAAAGAAGCUUUCAAGAAAUACCUCAGUGGCAACAUAUCCAAUGAUGGGAAAGGAAGCCCAAAUAUCAGUCUUGUUAAAUACAAUACAGUGAUGCGAGAUAUCAUCACUCGUACAUUUGGCUGCCCCUUGAUAAAUGUGAACCCUGGAAUUAUCAAUGCAACUUCCACUGAUGUGAAAGGGAAAAUGUAUGAUGCUCACUGUAAUAUAUUACCAGCCUUGUGUGCACUGGAAUUGAACAGUUACUUCUUAAUCAUCCAGCAACCACAUAUCUGCCACACACUCCAAGACUGUGUAACCUUCAGCCCAGCUGUGUUGGGCACUUCUCAUGCUAAGCCUCUGUUUGUUAUCUAUCAGCUUCUUCAGUCCAUGAGGGCUAUGCAUGACCGAGGGUUAGUCCUUGGAGAUGUUACCCUAAGUGACAUCUUGGUUACCGAGAAUUUGUGGAUACAGAUAUUUCCACAGUUGGAAGACAAUAUCCAUGAUAAACCAAAGGCUGAAAGGAAAAGAGCCCCUAGUAAUUGCAUGGAGACAUUUUCCAAAACAAGGGACCAAACAAAAGAUGAAGAAGCUGAGGAGGAAGAAAGGGAAAAUCCUGGUGACUUGAAUGAGGUAUUAAAAGUAAAGUGUACUUAUUGCGAUUUGUCUUUGAAGAGACAUCUAAAUGAAUCAAAUUCUGAUUCCUCUCCUGUGAAAUCACUGGACCACACUCAAGAGGUAUUAUAUGCAGACAGACAAGAUUUUCAUUUUUCGGUAAAAACUGACAGACAUUCCAAGGCUGAAUUGGAAGCAGGAUGGAGCACCUUAAGUAAUUCUCAGAAGGACACGAAAACAUUAGAUGACAUACGUAGCAGUUACCUGAGGACUCUUGGCGUUAUUCCAGGAAACCACAGACUAUCUCAGAACAAAUUAGAGGACAGUAAAGUACAGGUUUGUGGUAGUGCAGUUGAGGUGAGUGAAGUGGCAGGUUUGGAACAGCUGUGCAAAAUGUGGGUGUAUGGUCAACUGUCCAACUUUGACUACCUCACAGCUCUCAACUGUCUUGCUGGACGGAGAUAUGGUGACCCUACGUGCCAUCAUGUCAUGCCUUGGGUCACUGACUUCUCUUCGUGUUCUGGGUCCAACUGGCGGGAUCUGUCAAGAUCUAAGUUCCGUCUUAAUAAAGGAGAUCGCCAGUUAGAUCUCACAUAUGACGCAGCUGCAGGAGCAUCUCAGGUUCCACAUCAUGUGUCAGAUGUUCUUUCUGAAAUAACAUACUAUGUAUACAUGUCACGUCGAACACCACGAUCAGUGCUGUGUAAGUAUGUUCGUGCAAACUGGGUACCAGCUGAGUAUCCAUCGUCUAUUCAACGCUUGCAGGAGUGGACACCUGAUGAAUGCAUUCCAGAGUUUUUUACUGACCCUGCAGUAUUUGAGUCUGUACAUGAGGAUUUGCCUGAUCUUGAGAUUCCGCAAUGGGCCACAUCUACACAGGACUUCAUUGACAAACAUUUGGAAGCUCUGGAGAGUAUGUAUGUUUCUGAAAGACUGCAUCACUGGAUAGACCUUACAUUUGGCUACAAGUGAGUAAACUCUCAUCAGGU